CCAAGAUCCAUCUCCUCCAAAGCUUCUUGCUCCUCGAGCUGCAAAAUGCUAGGUGAGCAGUGAUCAAGGUGCAGUCACCGUGCCUUGCACGUUUCUAGCAGUAGCAGGAGCCCCUCCGUCGUCUUUCGUUCCCUGCGGCGGCGGGGGCUGCAGCUCCCGGAUCCGGAUCCAAGCUGAAGCGAGGUCCGGCGCCGCCCGCCUCUUUGACGGAAUGUCUGAGAGGCUUAUGAAUGCUGCGAUGAGCGGCGAGGACCGGAUCAGCGCCCUCCCCGACGCGCUCCUGCUGCACACGCUGUCCUUGUUGCCGUCGGAUGAGACUGUGCGGACAUGCGUGCUCGCCCGCCGUUGGCAGAACCUCUGGAGGUACACUCCCAGCCUGCGCCUCGUACAUGGUCUCGUCAAUGGCAGUGGCAGUGGCUCAAGGUUCAGGAGCGCGGAGCAUUUCGACAAGUUCGCUAGCCAUCUGAUCGUCCUACGGGACCGCUCACCUCUUGUCAACUGUGAGAUCCAACUCUACGGUACUGGUGAUCGUCAGUCAUGCCCAUACAUCCAGGCGAUCCAGCUGUGGAUCCAGUAUGCUCUAGCCUGCCAGGUUAAGGUGCUCCAUGUCACUGACUACUGUGGCGAGGGACGCUUGCUACUCAAUGUGCCUUUCAUCUCCGGGCACCUGAUGGCCUUACAUCUUCAGAAUGUUAUCUUGAAAUCCUCUAUGGAUUUCGCGAGCUGUCCGGUACUAGAGAGCCUGGAGAUGCAUUACUGUGACAUUUACAUGCGCAAGCUUUCAUCCAAAUCACUCAAGCGUUUGUCUAUUGCGGAUUGUUCCUUCCCUAAUCAACCCCGCACUCGGAUUUCAGUCCCAGGCCUUGUUUUUCUCCUGCUAGAUGACUGUGACGCAUGGACUCCUUUUCUUGAAUGCAUGCCAUUGCUAGAAACAGCAUUCAUUAGGCUCGAGAGGUGUCUGGACGUAUGCGAUGGUGACUCUGACAACUACUGUGGUCAACACGGCUGUGAUGGUUGUGGUGGUUUGGGCAGUUAUCAGAGUGUGCUUCUCAAUGGUUUGUCCAAGGCUAUCAGUUUGGAGUUGAUCGCUUCAACAUAUACGUAUAUCUUCAGAAGGGAUGUGGAAUGGAGCUCCAUGUUUGGCAGGUUGAAGACUCUCUUACUCAAUGAGUGGUGUGCAGUUAAUGACCUACAUUCACUAGUUUGUAUUCUCCGAUGCUCACCGAUGCUUGAGAAGCUCACUCUUCAGCUUUUUAACGAUAGGGACACUGUUAGCGCAAUAAGGAUGGAAGGAAACCAUGAUCCAAUAGAACAAUCAUUUGUGUGUGCGCAUCUUAGGGUAGCUAAAAUUGAAUGUCUGGAGCUCGAUGAGAUGGUUCGCCAAAUUUGGAAUAUCUUGAGGACGUGUGGCGUACAUCCUGAGAAUAUUAGCAUCAAGACCAAACAGUCAGGUUUAAAACGCUUCACCAUUGAGAAGCUUCUGUGGUAGUUGCUUCCAUCCAAUGCAACACCAGAUGCGACUCCUUCAACCACUGGUGGGGAUGAAUUGUCUGGUUCACGUUGCCAUCGUAAACUUCUGUGUCUGUCUAAAGUGCCUCUAAUGAUGGCGUAGUUGACAUUUAUCGCUAUGUUUAAUAUCUCGGUUUCGUAUUGUUUGGUCAUCGCUGGAAAAUUUGGCUGUUUAAUGUUCAGUACAACUCAGCAGAACAGUUUCGAGCUUGGUUAAGUGGUAACGUGGCAGAAUAUAACUGAGACCUGUAGUAUCUUAUGUAUUGUGACCUUAUUUAUGUUAGUUCCAUUUAAUAAGUUAAUGGAGCUUACUACUCGAGAUGCUGGACAUUUCCUGAUGCUAAAUUGCUGAAUCGUGCUUUGAACA